UCAGUCAGGAUGAAACACGGCGGGCACGGCAGUGGAUCUGAAGAACAAACAAAGCCAAGAGAGCAAAGUGCGGUGUGUCUGACUGUCAUGUCCUGGGGCAGUCAGUCAGUCUUGGCUAACCAGUCACUGAGGAUUCGACAGCAGAGUAGCUAAAGCACAAGUGUUAAAGCACCCACCGCAGCAUGCAACACCUGAACCAACCACAGUCACACAGACACGGCCCACACACAUAUCACUUCACUGAGGCAACCAACGUACGUGCAGAUCACUUCUCUCUCUUCCCGCCUCCUCGUCUCGCGAGCAGGCUCAGCGCAAUCCUGCCUGGCUUGCCUGUCUUGCCCUGCCCACCAGCUGUCUGGCUCCCCUCCCUGUCUGUUUGUCUGUCUGACCUGCCCCCUUGCAUCCCGUUGCCCUCCCUGCUCACCUCUGGUUGGUACUGAGGAUUGUGUGGGGUUCGGUUGGUACUGCCAGCUCCCCACCGAGUGCAGUCACCAGCACAGUCCCCAAUGAGAAGUCAUAUAAUCUUUCAGCUCGCACCGCCUGCGAUCUUUGAGCAAAGAAGGAGAGAAUGCCUCUCUCUUCAUCUCGGCGCCGAGCCGCAGUGACGUUUCUGAUCUGUCUAUCUUUGAAGCGCUUCGUCGAUCUGACUGCACUCCUUCUCCACACUGAUCUCCGCAU